CUCAGUCGGGUGAGUGGAUGGACGGAUCGACAAGUGCAAUAUGCUCCAUCUAAAGUAUUAUUAGAAAAGAAUAGAUUUCCCCUAGUUUGUUUCGAAAUAAGUAAAACAUAACAUUUCCUCCAAACUCUUACAAGCAGAAAAGUUGUUUGAAGUUAUAAUUAUGAACCUGAAACGCUUCUCCUUCUUUUGCACGCUGAAUUAUCACUUGAUACUUUUGUCAGUCAUUUUUCUUCCCCAGACAUGGAGCAUUAAGGUGACAUGUGAUCCAGUUAACCAGACUGCUAUCGUGAACGAUAUUGCUGAACUUACCUGCAAAAUGAACACCUUAGAGGCAGAAGAAGUUACAAGAAUUGUCUGGACCAACAAAGUCGAUGAUAUCAUUUAUAACUACGUUCCCAAUAGGCAUCAUCUCGGAAGAAACAAAAGAGAGAAAAGUAGAUUCAGCGUAAAUGAUGAAAGUUUUAAAAAUGGGCAGAUAAUGCUCAGGAUCACUGAUGUCAUGAUGUCGGAUGGUGGGGUCUAUUACUGUACAGUAAUAACAGAGGAAGAGUUUCUUACUGAAAGUGUAAAUCUUCUAGUAAAAGAUUUAGCUCCCCCACAUGAAGAAGAUCAUGAUAUUGCUGAUGGACCCAAGAGGAAUGAUAACAUCAUCAUUGGGGUUCUUGUGUUUGGAAGCAUGCUUGUUAUCGUUAUUGCUCUUGCUUUGUACAAAUAUCUGAAAAUCAAAAAUGAAAAAGCAAAACAUUCUUCUUUCAUUAAAGUAAACAAUCCAUUUCUCUUACAUUUACUGAAACCAUCCAUCCACUCACCCAUUGCUGAACCUGCUCAUUCUGUUUAGUGAAGCAGGGAGGCUGAGCACAUUCUUAUAGAAGCAGGCAUAAGAUUGGAACAAAACCAGCACAAGAUGGCAGACAAUGUAGAGCUCACUCACAAACCCAUUCACCUCUGGGUGUUCGAAAUCUUCUGUUAAGGCAAGGCAUCAAUAUCUUUCUUGUUAUAAGACAAAAACAAAAGGAUCCAAAGAAAACCUUCUAAGGAUAUAGGUGAAUGUACAAACUGCAUAGGCACCAUGACUAGGGUAAGAUACAAAGCUAGUCCCUCAAAAUUGUAAGGCAGCAAUGCUAAUCACUAUGCUGCCAUAAAGCCAAAGAGGUCAGAGAUAUAUUCAGUAUAAUGUAAAUUUAUGAAACACCAACAAUCGUCUGGUCAUAGGUUAGAAGCCUUGGUACAAAUGUUUCCAUGAAUGGUCCUUAGCUAAAAUAUCCAACAAACUUAUUUUAAUAUCCAACAGAACUACAUCUGUGCUACUGAGACACACAGUUCAUUUUAAAGAAAAAAACACAAAAAACACCCAAGGCUAUUACUCAGAUAAAAAUGCUUGAGGCAUAAAAAUAGGAAAAUAAGCUAUAGUACCUCACCAAAAAGAGAAAAAAGAAAAAAAAAUUGUAAACAAAAAAAGAAAUACAAGGCUACUCUUUAUAUUUACAACCUGCACAGCACCUAAAACGAUGGAUGCUGAGUGGAAAAUAGAGAUAGAAAUGACAAAUGUUGGGGUGGUAGUGGUGGUGAGAAUGAUGUGCAUAUCUUAUUGUUUUCAUAUGGAAGUGACAAAUUAAAAAAAUAUUUUGAAUUUAAAUAACAGUGAAAUUAAAGCUUUUUCACAAUCGAUUUGACACAUUACUCACAUCAGAAAUGUCAGGCUCACAACUGGUAAAGCGUUUCACAAAGCAGUUAAUGUAUUUCUCAAAGCAGCAGCAUCCUGUGCGUUAGGCCUUAAAACAAUUAAAGCAGUUACUACAUGCAUCAAAAUGCCCAAAGUCGAACAGUCGCUUCAACACCUUCGCUCAAAUGCUUAGAUCCCUUUCAUUAUUCAGAAAAAUGUAUGCCUUAUUACUCUUUCCGUUCAUCCAAACGAUAAUGGUGGUAAAUGGAACAAAGGUGAAAGCAAUAAUACAAAGAUAUUAUAACAUAUAAGAACAUAUUUAGAUUGGAUAGAACUUUAUAUGGCCCCCAAAGAAAGAAAGAAAUUUAGUGUGUUUGCUUAAAUGUAUUGACCAUAUUUUAAAAAACAUUAAACCAUUACAUGAAAUAAACAUAAAAACAGUCAAUUUUACUCAAAACUGAAACAUUGCAAUAUACGUUACUGUAGACAACAGGAGUAGCAUGGCAUAAUAAUGCAACAGAUCAAAUUAAAUAACUACUGCACAAAUGCAAUAGGAAUGGACUCCUUCAGGGGGCAUUCAUUCCCUCUCCUGAGAGACAAUCACGCCUUAUGUUUUGUCUCUCAAGCCAUUUCGGUUAGGGGGUUGGUUUAUUGCAUGCUGACCCACCCAUGGCAAGCAUCAGGUGUUAUGAACUCUCUUCUAGUAGGGAAAUAUGGACAUGAAUCUGGUGCUUACAGACCCCUCCACCUCUGCAAUGGAAACUUCUCAGUGUGGUUGAGGAAAGGUGAAUAUGGUGGCAGGAACAUCAUGAGCAUCCCUAGAUGAGGGUCAGACUAAUCUCUUAAUGCGAUUAAUGAGUGAUGAGAUCAGACAUUGUUCAUGAAAACAACAAAAUUUGGCAGGUUUUGUCGGACCACUCCUCUCUCAGUCUCAGGAAUGAUGGCAUUGACUAACCAACCCAAGAACACCAGAAGCUAAUCUGAAUUGCAGGGACAAAUAUUAUGGAGCCCACUGUAUUCAGAUACUGUAUAGCAGUACACAUGCGGUCAACAUGCUGUCCUGGUACAUCCACUGUGGCCUUGUGCCCUGUGAUUUUCCUGCCAGACUUUGGUGAGGAUGAUACCUGCCUCAUCUAUGUACACAAUUGAGUCUGGGAUGUCACUGAUUUCCAGCUCCAACACCCUCUGGAAAAUUAUGAAGAAUAACACAAGUAAGUCCCCAAACAUAUUCUGAUAUUGUAGCUUCACAUUAAAAUUGAAAUAUGACCGACUAUUGUUGGCCAUUCUUAGACUGUUGUUGACUACAUGGUCAACAAUGGCAGGUCACAUUUCAAUAAGCACUCUGGAAUUCUUUGACCUCUUCUCCCUCUUGUCUCUGCCUCCUCCCCACCCUCCAUGUCUACCAUGCAUUUGUGCACCCCUUCCUCACACAAAUCCUUGCGCUUUUCGUCAAACAGCGGCCUACAACUUAUUGAGCUCACUGACAAAAGUACAAACAGUUUGAUGAGUUUGUUAUUGUGUGGCGUAUUGACAAAUGUUUUUAAAGUUGUGCAAUAUGUGUCUAAGACUUCAUGAACUGCUGUGAGAAUGAUGUUUCUGUUGUGACAAAUGUGCUAAAGCUAUCGUGAAAAAACAAACAUAAUAUAAAUGAAAUAAUAAUAUCAGUAUAACUAGAAAGUAUAUAAGUGGGAUUAGCAUGAAAUGGGAAAAGUGUGACUUCUUAUUGGCUGUAAUUAAGAAGACUUCUGAGAAUGUUACAUAAUUUGAAUUGUUAGCAUUUUACCCAAUAUAGAACUAUUUAAUUAAAUAUGUAGUGGAAUAGUUAAGAAUAAUUAUUUCAAUUGUUGCAUAUAUUCUAUCUAUAACUCAUGAUUGUUUAAUAUAUCAGUUUAUUGAAUGAAAUAUUACUUGUUUUUUUUUUCUUUUGAGUGAAAAGCUAAAGACACUAUAUGUGCUUAUAAAUUAUAGUGGAUGUUUCACUUGGAAAUC